UCAUUGUGUUCGCUUGUCUGCGUUGGGGCGAAAUGGGACAAUGUCACCAAUCUCUGUGUCCAAACAUGAUCCAACUGGCCUGCUGUGACCUGUCUUUUUCCCACUGAACCAAACGGGAUGGAAGUUGCUGCGUGAUGACAAGAGAGGGGCGGGUGAGGGUCCGCCUGGCACUGGGGUAGAGAAUGUAGAGAACACAGACCGUCGAUCGGUGACAACGGUACGGUCAAGAAACUCAGAGGACGGCCACGGGGAUUAGGUAAAUUCUCUAUCUCCAGACAGAUUCACACUGUGUCGGUCUCUGGCUCUGCGCUGCUGGAUCCUCUUCAGUCCUUUGCCUUCAGGUUGGAUCAGGAUUCUUUCACACUCAACAUCUGGCUUCAUGUUUUCAACCCGCUGCUGCAUAUGAGAUGGCUGCUGGACCACUGGACGUUCUUCUUUUAGGAAAAGCUGUUUUUAACUUCAAAUGAGCAUCAUCCUGUAUAAGGAAUAAACCAAAGCCUAGCAACUGGGGAAUGUUCCGAACUAUUGUUUGACCAAAGACGCAGAGGGAUGGACGACACAUGAUUGUCAAAAAACUGUGAGUGAGUUGAUUUGAAGCAACAGUUAUUGUUUAAAAUCGACUUUUUCGAGCUUUACAUCAUGUUAUAACAUUCCCUCAUCGGAGACACACGUGGAGUGUUGCUUGGAUUCUUCCACGCAUGUUUGAGAAAUCUUUUAGUCUCCCAUGGCAACCAUUCAGCUGUGCAAAACUCUUGGUGGGACCUAACGCCGCCUUCAAGGACAACGCUGCUCCUUGGACGUACGGCUUCCACGCUUCAGAGCUUCCCCACUCAGCUCCUUCAGACUAGCUGGUAGCAAUUAGCCAACACCUGAUGGAACUGCACAUGUACCGAGCUCACUGUAUGAGCUACUCCUCAGUAAAACACUCGUAAAAACGCUGUUAAAGUUGUGAUGACUUCCUGAAGGCGGAGCUUCAGAAUGUGAAGUAAUUUCUUAAAGAAAUAGAGGCCCAAUUUCAAGGUGUUACAUUACAAAGUCAAAUUUCUUUUAAGUCUUAUUUGAUAUAUGUAGCAUUUUUAUAUGUAUGUUACUGAAUGUUACUGGAUUGUGAUAUGAAAUAGUACUAUGUAACUAGAAAAUACACAUUACCCAUUUUUUAAAACUUUUUUCAUGAAUAUAGACCUCAAUCUGGUUAAAGUCUUGCAUUCUGAGCACUAAUACAGCAUCAGUCGUGGCGUGCCAUGCCUGAGAUGCAGACCCUUUACUACAGUAUGCGCCGGCCCCCAAGCCUCUACCUGGACCCCUUGGUCGCGCAGCAGCAGCACAUCCUGGAGGAAGAAGUGCAGUUCUGGUGGUUCCGAGACCCCAGACGGUCCUUGUUUUGCUACUGUGCCUCUGUGGCGCUCAUCCUGGGACUGGGCCUUGGUGGAGUGGGGCUUCUCUCCACCACUAACAGCCUCUCUGUGGAGUGGCGUCUUGGAGUGGGAACCACGCUCUGCCUCCUGGCCCUCGCCGUUCUACUCAAGCAGCUCCUGAGCUCCGCCAUCCAGGACAUGAACUGUGUUCACAGUCGCCGUCAGAUCGAGCGGCUGCGGAGCGGUGGGAGGGCCGACCCGGCGCUGAUUCUGGCCGUGGGGCUGGCGGUGACGCUGUGCGGGACGGUCCUGCUCUGCGUGGCCACCGUGGGCGGCCGGAGCCACGACAGGAGGGAAAUGUCGGUGUCUGGGGCAGUGCUUGUGGCCGCCGGCGCCGGCAUGGGCCUGGCAGUUGUGGGCUACAGCGUGACGGUGCAUCUCAAGAGGAGAAGGGAUCAGAGGAUGAGGAGGAGGCUGAGGGUCAGGAGGGCGAGGAGGCUGGGCGGUCAAGGAGUCCGAAUGUUCAACGUUUCGCCUCGACAGGCAAGUCAAGCCAGGAGAGACGUGUCUACCAGCAGGACAAGUCUGAUCUGAACGGACCAAAGGUGGAAAAAAAACCCUGACCAGAACACAAGGACAAAACACUGCACUGAAAGAGAAACUAAUCUAAUAAAGGUUCCGUAGCUGCAUUUCCAUUCGCCGUAAAGUAAAAGCAAAUUGAAAUCACAAAAACAGGUUUGAUUAAUGGAAAUGCGGCAAUUUAGAAAUAGAUGUAUUUUGCAAAACUUUUAGCGCAUCAUGCGAGUCACAUGAUUAACAGCCAGAUGUCUCUACUGGUGGAAACGACAAAGAAUACGACAGGAAGUGGUAGGUGGAUGAUGGUUUGUUUUUUUCUGCCACCACCGGAGCUCUCACAGCAAUUACACAGUUCAUAAAAGGUUGUGUGUAAUUCUGUCAUGUUUAAUCAGUAGCUUUUUUGUAAAAUUGAUGACUCCCAAUUUUUCCCAAAACGACGCAUAUGUAGCCGCUCCCAAGCAUAAGGGGCUUGUCACUCCAACGCCCGAAUAAGACGCUGACAUCUCCUCUCAUUGCUGAUAGAUGAUUAGAGUUAGCGCCAUGGCUGUGUGUUUACAUCCGUCACUUCCACGAUUUUUAAUCACUUACAGUAUCCAGGAACCAGGUUAUUUCACAUGCAAUUACAAUUCCAUUAUUUAUUUCAUGGAAACACUGCAGUUCUGAAAUUGUGUUCCCCCCUCCUGACAUCAGCAGAAUAUAGACAGAUUUGCGCAUAUUUAUAAUGAAAACGCAACUACUGAGAGACUUUACGCAGAAUGGAGACAUGCUGACAGUAAUGGGCCAAUGAAUCAAUAAAGACGAAUCCAUCUUUCUUUUUGGCUUGUUGAUUCCCAGUUUUUAGAAAAGCGGGUAUUUGAUUGUACAACCUCUUCGAGAGGAAGGGUUCUUCAUCCAGUCAAUAAUGACCCGGUGUUGGUCAGAUUUCAUCUAGACUCAUAUAAAUUUGACCUCUGAAGGUAAAACCCACACAACAGAUUCAACACAGUGAUAAUAUAACAACCAAAGAAGGAAACCUUUGUGUGAAGGUACACACUAAGGAGGUACAUUGCAGUAUUCCUUGUAUUGUCAUUCUAACCUCGGUUUUAAAAACAAUCAUAACAGAAACAUUUAUGAUUGUGCAAUAUUUUAAAAGGCAGUGAUAUAUUUGACCUAUUUGGAUAGUUUCACUCCUCAUGCAGGUGUUUGAGGAAUCCUCAGGCAAAUUGAUGGGGACCAAAACGUCAUGUUCCCCUAACACUGUGCUGCUUAAAUGGCCAUAAUUAAAUAGCCAUUUAAUUAUGCCAUUACUUUACAACGUAAUGGCAUCAACUGAUGUUAAAGCCAAGAGAUUUGGCAGUGUGGAAAGUACUGGGAGCGUGUUAGCGUAGUGCGGAAGAUGGAAAUGCAUUCACAAAGUCCUCAGAGAAACAAUUGUUGCUGCCAUCAAUCUUAGAAGAGUUAAGAGGACAAUUUCCACACAUUUUAAAGUCAAUUUAUUUCUGCAGAGUGAAAGAUUAUUCAGAAAUGGAAAGCAUUUAGGACAUUUGCCAAUGAGGGAGUGGACUAAGACCUCAGUUCAUAUGUUAAAUGUGGAAAUAAUUAAAAGGAAAAUGCAAAAAAAAAAAAGGUCAACGACAACGCUUCUUUGAAAAGGUUUUCUAUAAAGAAUUUGCCAGAAUGACUUAGACUUGAAUGAAUGGGAGAAAAGGCAGACAUAUGGGACCAAAGCAGAGACCGCAGCGUGUCCACUUCUGUCUGGCAAAACCUAAGAACAAAAUUUUUAGGGAAGAAAAAAAAGAAAGAAAACUCUUCUUUCCAGCUGCGAAAUAAUACAGUAGAGCUUUGAUGUUCUGGAUUUAAUCACAACACAAUAACAGUGCAAGAUUCACUUUAUGUUUUUGUACAUUUCAGUUUAGAUCCAAAUAAGUAGAACAUAUAAGAACAGAUUAUUUUUCACAAUGUCCUAAUAUGUGAAACCCAGAGUCGUACUUUAUUUUUUUUUUUCCCCCACAGGUACUGUAAAUAAAGUUGAUGUAAUUUAAGUCAUUUAAAACAUUACAAUGGAUGAAUUUGUUCAGAGAAAAUUUUAUAUAUGUAAUGUAAAAAAAUAUAUAUACGUGAACAUUAAGGCUGUAGCAAAUGUGAUUUUCAAAACAUAAUCACCUCGAGACAAGAUUUCAGUCAUUCUGAAAACAUAUCUAUAUCUUUCACAUGUGCAUUAAAAUGUUUUAAAGUGUUUAUGCUGAAUAUGAUGUUUUUUGUGUGGUCUUCAAGCUCUACAUAAAGCAGAACAUAUAAUGUGAAUAAAAUCAUUUUAACUGAAACACUGAGCAUUUUUUUAAAAAAAAAGUGCAAUCAGAGGUCAGAGUGCGCACAAGAAAUGCAACAACUGCAAGCUCAUCGACUUUAUUACUAGACCUCAAACACCUGAGCCUGUCAUAAAAAAAAAACAACGCUGCCCUUCCCAGUGAGGUGAAGUGUUUGAGGCUGGAUUUCUGUAGUGUGCUGUAACGUCACUGAAUUAUUUUAAAGCUGCAGUAAAAAUAUGUUUUUCACAUAUUUGUUCAAACCGUCACCAUUCCGUGACAGUAUGUUAUGAGCCAGAUAAUCUCUGAAAA